GUGCAAGUGAAAUAAAUAAUUCGAAAAUGCGGUUUAAAAUUACACUUGCCGAAAAGCCCUCUCACAAGGCUCCUGUCACUUGUGUUGGUUGGAGCAGCACAGAAGAAGUAUAUUCAGCAGGAGAUGACUACCAAAUUCUAUCCUGGGCAGUCUCAACGAAUCAAUCUACCAGAAUUACAAAAUUCAGCGACGAAAUAUGGCCCACAGAUCUUCAAUUUUUACCUAGAACUGGAGGAUCGCUUAGCAAGCACGGAGAUUUAAUUCUUAUAACCGCAGCUGAUGGAAGAUUCCAUAUUCUCAAUAAAGCUGGACGCAUUGAAAGAUCCGUUGAGGCGCACAAUGGAGCUAUUUUGGUUGGACAGUGGGGUAAUGAUGGCACCGGGCUCCUAACAGCUGGUGAAGAUGGAAUGAUUAAAAUUUGGUCAAGGAGUGGAAUGUUACGAAGCACUGUCGUAUCUAGUGAAAACUCUGUCUAUGGAGCAUCAUGGUCUCCAGACAGUCAGUCGAUUGCUUAUACGCAAGGAAAAUGUCUGAUUAUUAAACAGCUUGCACCGAACACGAAACCGCUUAAGUGGAAAGCACACGAUGCUAUUGUCCUAUGCUUAGCGUGGAGUUCAGUUUCCGAGCUAAUAGUGUCUGGUGGAGAAGAUUGCAAGUAUCGUGUAUGGGAUAGUCAAGGGCGGUUAAUGUUUUCAAGUGGUUUUCAUGGAAAUCACAUAACAUCAGUGGCAUGGUCGCCCGUUGGUGACCUAUUUGCUGCCGGUACAUAUAAUACUUUGAGGUUAUGCGACUAUUCAGGGUGGUCCCGAUCUUUAGACAAACCCAACACCGGCUGUAUUUACAAGAUGGCCUGGUCUGCAGACGGAACUCAACUUGCUGGUGCCUGCGCCAAUGGCCAAGUGUUAUUUGCCCACGUAGUGGAAAGAGAAGUCCACUACCAGAAUUAUACUGCUUUGGUCACUGAAAAGAAGCUUGUUACUGUUAAAAAUAUUUUGGAUGACACAACAGAACAAUUGGAAUUACCUGAACGAGUUAUACAGCUGGCGAUGAGAUAUGAAAAUUUGGUGCUUACUACUCCCACUCAGUGUUAUAUUUAUAAUACUAACAAUUGGAAUACUCCAGCGAUUUUCGACUUAAAAGAUGGAUCAGUUAUCUUAUUGUUAUUAGCAGAAAAACACAUGUUGGUGGUGGAAAAAACUACUGUUGGCAUUUACAACUAUCAAGGAAGGUUAAUAGCGUCUCCGAGAUGGCCAAACAUGAGACCUGAUCAUUUGAAAAAUGCACUCAUAACAUUGUCCUCCGAUACAUUAGCAGUUCGAGAUUCAAUUGAUUCAAAAACUAUUCAUAUAGUAGAUCUAUCAAAUAAUAGAACCUCGGCAGAAUCUACCCCGAUUCAACACUCCACGCCAAUUAUGCAGAUAUCACUGGAUCAGCGGGGUGAAACAUUGUCAAGAAAUUUAGCAGUUCUAGAUCGAACAAGAGAUCUAUUUUUGGUUAACGUACGAUCACAAAACAAGAACUUUACCAAAUUGGGACGAAAAAUUGAAUCUUUUCAAUGGAAUGCCACUGACAAUAUAAUGGCAGCCAUUCAGGAUACAAAACUGGUUAUUUGGUAUUGUCCAACUGCUUGCUUUAAUCCCAAGCUAUUGAGGUUAUGUUCUUUUUACAAUGACUCCUCUGAAUUGGGCAGCAGUCCUAGAAUAAAUGAUUUUGUUGGAAAUAUUGUAUCGGUGAGAAGAGCAGACGGAUCUCUUAUUAAUGUCCCAACGUCUCCGUUUCCCAGUCUACUGCAUAAAUGUAUAUUGGACAAUCGAUGGACGGAUGCGUUGAAUCUCUGUCGUUCAACGAACAAUGAGACCACAUGGGCAUGUCUUGCUAUUCUUGCUGUUCAAUCAAGUGCAAAUACAAUAGAUAUAGCAGAAGAGGCUUUUGCAAAUAUUAAUCAUUACGAUAAAGUUUACUUUUUGCAGCAUAUAAAGGAUUUACCCACACGAGCUGAACAGAAAUCGCAAAUGGCUUUACUCGGAGGCAAACAUCAGGAUGCUGAAUCGACUCUUUUGCAUAAUGGAAUGGUCUUUCAAGCUAUCUAUAUGAAUAUUAAUCUAUAUGAGUGGAAUAGGGCUCUAGAUCUGGCUAUUAAACAUAAAACUCAUAUCGACACUGUUCUCUAUUUAAGAGAAAAAUAUUUAAAAGGGUUGGACAAAACUGAGAACAAUAACAGAUUUAUUAGCCUUAACGAAACUGUUAACAUUGAUAAAGAAAAAGUUGAACAAAAGCUUAUGAUGGAGUUUCAAAAACAAAAACAAAGUGGAUAAAUAUAUGUUACCAUAUCACUGUUCAAAAAUUGUAUAUAAAUAAAAUAUCAUCGUUAAUUU